AUGGAUAAAGGAAAUGCUCUUGCUAAGUUCUUCCCCUCAUAUCCAAUUACUUUAAUCACCGGGGACUCCAAAAGGCCUUUAAAUAGAUUGAAGGGCGAGGAAGAAGAUCAUGAAGUGACCCUUCAAAAUGAUUCCUCUUUCCAAGUCAAAAAGGUCUAUAAGACCCUUGUCCAGGGCAACCAGGGUAACCCACGAAUUUCCAGGAAUGUCAGGCUUGUGGAUGAAAAACCUGCCUGUUAUGAAGGAUCUCUUCUUGGGCUAUGGAUUGGUGAAGACGCAAUUCCUUGUACUCCUGGAAUAACAAAAGUACGAUCUAGAACAAAAAUAAAUAUGGCAAGAGUUCAUCAAUUAAAACACGGAGAAGAGGAACUUAUGAAGUUAGCAAAGCAGUUUGAUAAAAAUCUGAUUGAUGCAGUCCAAGAACAAAACUUUUUGCAGCCAAAUUCUAUUCAUGUUUCGUCAGCAGCAAAGCUAUCAACUGAGCAUCAUAUCAAGGUCCAGAGAGAAGAUCAGUGGCAAUUGAUGAAUGAACAUCCUGCAAUUAAUUCUACUUUGUCCCAUGGAAUACUUAAGGAGAAUGCUGAGAUAGUUAAGAGUCCUAAGAGCAGUAGUCAGAAAUCCAUAGAUCUAGAUGCUGAAGGGGCACUAAAUGACCUUUUUGAUUGUUCUACCCAAAAGUGUAGUGGCCAGUUGAGCCAAGGUGUGUUAAACUGUUCCUUGAACACUGUUGUGCAGGAUAAGGGUGCUAUGAUGGAGGCAGAGCAGCCUUUGGUUAGUGAUAAACCUCAAGGGCAAAGUGCCAUGCAUCUUAAACAGUAUUCAGAAUUCCUUCUAACUGAGAAAUCUAAAACAACCUCUGUACAAACAUUUUCAAGUGUAGAGCUUUCUAAUAAUAAUCCUGACAAUACUUUCAGCGAUGACAGCUAUGACUGGGAUGCUGAUUUGUUACCUGAUGAUUCACUUCUCAUGCAAAUUACUCAGGAGCCUGAAUUGAUGAAGAGCGCAGAAGAUGCUUGUAUUUCUGAGGAAAAGGGAGAAUCAAAAAAAUGGACUGUAAAUUCCAAGAAGCCAUCUAUCGCCCAGGCUGGAGUUUUUCAUUCUUCCAGUACCGUACCAGUGUCGUGUGUUUCCAUGUCAAACCAAAUCAUUCAGUCAAAAAAAGCCAAAAUUAUUCCUUUUCACGAAGAUAGUUCACUAAAAACCAACAAGGUGGAUUCGUUUUCCAAAACUAGGCAACACAACACUCUGGACUAUAAUUUUACUUCAGUGAAAUCUGAAAAUAGGAAUGUCCCUCAUGGCCCUUCCCACCUGAAAAAUGCUACAAAUACCAGUUCUGAAAAAAGAACUUCUGUUUCAUAUUCUGAACUUGCUAAACUAUCAACUGGGAAAUUCAAAAACCAUGUGCAUGGCACAAGCUACAAGGCCUCAGUUGUUUCUACCAAUAAAAACCGUCAUGAUCUAAAGACAGCAAUUAACCAGGGAAGCUCUGAUUGUCCACAACAGACAUCCGUGGCAAAGAAAGGCAUGUUUUCAUUUGAUGAUUGGAGCGAGCCCAAAUUUUCAGAUGAAGUUCUAGAAUUAUUUUGUGAAUCGAAUACCUCUUGGGGCACCCACUGUAACGAUGAUGAUGACUUGCUUUAUCAGGUUUGUGAUGAUGUAGAAAGGAAAACACAGAGCCAAAUGGAUACGAAGGAAACUGGAAAAGCUAAAUCAAUGGCAAAGAGUACUUCCAAUUUGGAGCAGAGUCUUUGUCAAUCAGGGCCAAGUCAAGGGCUUUCCAUUUGCCUGCAGACUGAGAAGAAUUCAGGCAGGAAGACUUUUUCGUUGAAUCUACCCAUCGCAACAAGGAAGAAUGAAAAUUCUACAAAUAUGUCUACAGUGUAUCAAGGCAGCUUUGCAUCUGGAACUGGCCAAGCUACUAUGUCCAGUGUGAAGAUAAAUAAUAAUAGGCAAUGGCAGAACGGCCAUGAUGUGAGCAAAAUAAAAACUAACUGCAAUCAGUUAUCUUCUGAAAAAUCCAAAUAUAUAUUCAAAAAGGCCAGUAGUUCCCAAGCUCUUGUUUUGGACCAUAAAAAUGUGAAUGUAGGCAGUCUUUCUGGAACUAACAAGGGGUUGUGGGAAAGCAAAAAUGCACCAAACAUUCCAUUUCAGAAAGUCAUGAAUGGCAAGCCAGUUGUUAAGAGCACUGAUUUUGCACCAUCUGAGAAAGAAUAUAAAAGUAGGAGGUGUUCUCAAGAAGAAAUUGCACGGAAAAAGCAAGAAGCUCUUGAGCGAAGAAAGUGUAAAAUGGAAGCAUUGUGCAAAAAUGCUGCACCUACCUGAGUACUUUUCAAUACAGAAGAAUUAAUGGCAGGUGGGCAGUGGAGUCAUUGUCACUAAAAUAUAUGUCUAUAUUGAAAACUAUUGCCAAUUCCUUCACCUACCACUGUCUUUAUCCUUCUACAGAAUGGCAGUAUUAAUUGCUUUUGAAUUCCCUUCCUUCCCUCCUUUUUGGAAACUUGGUUACAACUGUUUAUUUCCCAUGAAACAUAAUGUGUCAAUUCUUACUUUGGAAUGUUUGAGAAGACCAAUAUCCCAAUUUAAUUAUAUACUGGUCACUUAGCCCGUUUCACACACAACAGUAUACUUUAAAUUUUGUAACAAACAUUUUGUUUAUUCUGAGGUCAUAAAUGACAACAUUCCAAGCUUUAAAGUGUGUACCAAUAAUGUAAACAUUUAAUAGUGAGCCUUGAAUGUAACUCACAGCUUGGAUCCAUUUUAAUUUUGUUUUAUCACUACAUUACAAAGGAGCUUGGAUCCAUUUUAAUUUUGUUUUAUCACUACGUUACAAAGGACUGCUUCUGUAGUAAAGCAUGUGGAAGUUUUCUAUCAUUUAUUUAUCAUUGUAAAUUAUAUACAUGCUGUAAAUUGUGAUUAAACUGAUAGCAAUU